AUGGAGAUAGUUUUUCAGUCGACAGCAUUGGCUGCUAUCACCAGGAUUGCUAAGGCCGUGUCUGAUUCCAUGUCCAAUCUUGCUCUUACUACUGAAAAUGUAGGUACUGACAAGUCCGCCCCAAAUUCGCUGAUAAAUCUACCAUCGCAUACGACCAUUCUGACCACCAAAUGGAUAUAUUCAAGAGACCCAAAUGCGCUACUGUUUGACUUUGGUGAGCUCAAUUUGAAAAAGGAGCAAAUAGUUCCUUUCAUUAGAGCAUCUAUACCAGCAAAUAUCACUGCAUGCAUUCGACCCAUUAGCAGUUUACUGGUAGAAAUCACUAUCCUGGGUCAAGAUGAAGCCAAUCCCUUGCACAAACAGGCGUAUUCUAUAUUAAAGAACAAAGGGCUACACCUCAAGGAUAAGAACAUUUGGCUGAAGCCUACACAGACACUUACCAUGUAUCCUAACCUUGUGUUUUGGCAACUACGGCUAUCCGGGUACCCCAAAUCAAUGACGGGCGAUAUUUACAAACAGAAAAUUGCUGAUACUAUCAAAUGUUCAUUUGAUAAAAGAGACAGGGGCCAUUUUGGCAAAAGUGUACUGGUGGUAGACGCAGAAAAUGUUUUGUUUAGCAACUCCAAGACAGAUCGAAAUAUCCAACAUUGCUUUGUCACUAUUCUUGUUAAAGAAUAUACCAUUCAUCCUCCUCCUUCCAUAAAUUCUACGCGCAAAUUGAUCUAUAUACCCUUCUUGAAAACGUACCUACCUAUUGAAAUCUUUCUUGUUAAAUAA